AUGACUACUCGGAGGGGGUAUGAAAUAUUAGGUAAAGAAUCUGCCACCACUGCACUUUUGCAUGAGGGGUUCAAGAGGAGCACUAGUUUGCCUUCUCAUGGAUCCAAUUCUUCAAGAAAAAUGGCUCUGGGUUCCACCUAUGGGGACAUCAAUCAAAAGAGAAACCCCACAAAGAAGGGCAAUGAUAAUAAUAGUGACAAGAAGAGUCACCCACUUCUAAGCUUCUUGGCUCUUAGAUGGAAAAAGAAAACAACAGCAAGGCCUGAAUUUGCAAGGUAUCUUGAGUAUCUCAAGGAAGGAGGCAUGUGGGAUUUGAAUUCCAAUAAACCUGUGAUGUAUUACAAAUGA